GUGACACCCAUGUACUUAUUAUAAGAGGUUGAAGAGCCACUCAAAAAACCCCACAUCCCCUUUCCCAGUUUCCCUCUCUCUCUCUCUCUCUCUCUCUCUCUCUUUGAGAACUACUUGGUUCAAUUUUUUCUGUCUAAUUAUAGGAAGAUGGACAGCCAGCGUAGUCCUCUUCUCAACUUGGUUUACUACUGCCAAGGGAAGACCAUGGAAGAGCUAAGACAUACCCUUUUGUACACUACUCUGGAGCUUGAACAAACGAAGUUGGCAGUUCAAGAGGAGCUUAGAAAGAGAGAUGAUCAAUUACUUCAUCUCAAAGAUCUGCUUGACAAAACCAUCAGAGAAAAAGAUGAAGCGCAAGAGAAAUGUCAAAAACUCUUCCUUGAGAAGCUGUUAUUCCAACAACACCAAUACCAACACCAACAACAGGCAGCUCCUCUCUCAGGAAUUUCCAGCAUUGAAGAUGAACCCAGAAGAGGAAUUGACUCCAACAAUGGCUUCUCAUCCUCAGAUUGUGAGGAAAGCAUUGUUUCCUCUCCAAUUGUUGACCCAAUUCCACCACCCCAAUUGCCUCCUCCAUCACAAUCAUCACUAGAGCUAGUGCCUGAGAAGCCAUUACCUGAAAAAGGUAAGCUUUUACAGGCAGUGAUGAAAGCUGGUCCACUUCUUCAAACUCUACUUCUAGCUGGACCACUUCCUCAGUGGAGACACCCACCACCACCACUUGAAACCUUUGAAAUUCCUCCUGUGACCAUUCCUUCAGCAACAGCACCACCACCACCAACACCACCACCACCUCCACCACAACUCCUCCACCAAGACUCUUUGUUCAACAUUAAUGGUUGCAACACUCUCACCAACUGUGGAAGAGUCAAUAGAAAAAGGGUUCUUUAUGAAGGCUCUGAUUCCCCUACAGAGACCAAAUACCAAAGGCUUGUUCUGCACUGACUACAAAUUUAAACAGUAAUCCCCAUAUUUGCCAUUAUAAUUUUUAGAAUUUAAUACUACUAUAGUAUAGGCUACUGAGCAGAUUAAAUUGCAAGUUGGGUAUGUGACUGAUCUAGCAUUUUGUACAGAAGUUUGUUCUAGACAAAAGAACCUAUCCCAAGUUUUUUUCUUUUUUAAGUUUUUUUUUUUUUUUUUUUUUAACUCGCUGAAGAGAAGAGAAAGAGCUUAAUGUUCUAGGCUACUUUCUACCGGGUAUUUCGGGUGGAGAUUUUUGUCUCUCUUUUUUUUUCUUCUUCACAUUUUUAGUUUUUACCCCUAUGAUGUGAAAGGGGGUUUGAUUUCUCUAAUGUUUCUGUGUGAUUAAAAUUGUAACUCUGAUAGUAUAGCUCAGCACGCGCCUCUGUGUGUGUGUGUGUGUUUGUGUGUGUGAGUGAGCGAGUGAGAGACAGAACAGAGAGAGAUAGGGAUUACUACAUGAAACAUUUAAAGCUGAUGGGUGUGGAGUUGUUAAGGUUUUGGAAGAAGGGAUAGGUAUGGUUAACAACCAGAAAGGGUUAGAGAGAGCCUUGCUUGUCGGGGGUUUGAGUGGAACCCACAAAUCAGAAUCAGGAUCUACCACUUUGGUGUGAUGUAAGAUUUUAUUAAUGCAAAGUAUAGUUUGAUUAUUA